AAUAAUAAUAAUAAUAAUAAUAAUAAUAAUAAUAAUAAUAAUAAUAAUAAUACUAAUAAUACUAAUAAUAAUAAUAAUAAUAAUAAUACUAAUAAUACUAAUAAUAAUAAUAAUAAUAAUAAUAAUAAUAAUAAUAAUAAUAAUAAUAAUAAUAAUAAUAAUAAUAAUAAUAAUAAUAAUAAUAAUAAUAAUAAUAAUAAUAAUAAUAAUAAUAAUAAUAAUAAUAAUAAUAAUAAUAAUAAUAAUAAUAAUAAUAAUAAUAAUAAUAAUAAUAAUAAUAAUAAUAAUAAUAAUAAUAAUAAUAAUAAUAAUAAUAAUAAUAAUAAUAAUAAUAAUAAUAAUAAUAAUAAUAAUAAUAAUAAUAAUAAUAAUAAUAAUAAUAAUAAUAAUAAUAAUAAUAAUAAUAAUAAUAAUAAUAAUAAUAAUAAUAAUAAUAAUAAUAAUAAUAAUAAUAAUAAUAAUAAUAAUAAUAAUAAUAAUAAUAAUAAUAAUAAUAAUAAUAAUAAUAAUAAUAAUAAUAAUAAUAAUAAUAAUAAUAAUAAUAAUAAUAAUAAUAAUAAUAAUAAUAAUAAUAAUAAUAAUAAUAAUAAUAAUAAUAAUAAUAAUAAUAAUAAUAAUAAUAAUAAUAAUAAUAAUAAUAAUAAUAAUAAUAAUAAUAAUAAUAAUAAUAAUAAUAAUAAUAAUAAUAAUAAUAAUAAUAAUAAUAAUAAUAAUAAUAAUAAUAAUAAUAAUAAUAAUAAUAAUAAUAAUAAUAAUAAUAAUAAUAAUAAUAAUAAUAAUAAUAAUAAUAAUAAUAAUAAUAAUAAUAAUAAUAAUAAUAAUAAUAAUAAUAAUAAU